AUGUCUCUGCAUAUUCAUCUUGCUUCCCUGCUUUUACUAUUAUCACCACUUCCCCAAAUACUUUCAGGUGAAGAAUCUUUCAAGAAAGCUGCAUAUAAGCUCAGUAAGCCACUGAUCAGUGAUGAUGGGAAGGUUUAUUUGUGUUCAGAAAAGAACUUUUUUGCCUUUGAAAGCAAUGGUUCUGUCGCGUGGACGUUAUCUCUCAGUUACAAAUGCAGUCCAAGUAUGGCUCCAGUUCAAGGAGAAUCACGAAAGAUAUAUGUGAUUGCAGAAGACAGAGUGCUGAAGAUCAACCCGUUGAACGUAGGAAGUUCUGAAUUAGCUGUAGAAUUGUUCUUUGGUUCGGAAUAUGAAAGACUAGGGGAUAUUAUUGGCCUUGCAGUAAGUAUAUCCAGUUCCUGUGUACUUAUCAAUGUCAAAAACCGGGGUCUCUUUGCUUACCGGUUGCAAGGAAAGCUGUACUGGAGUGUUGGCCCGUUGCUUUAUCAGCAUGGAUAUCGUCAAGGUUGUAGGAAAAAUAUCACAGAAUGUUAUUUUUCCUCAGUCCCUGUGUUCGAUCACUGUGAAGCUAGCAUAUAUAUUUCUAACAAUCAAGGAGAAAUUUAUGCUUUGUCAACUCGUAGUCCACAUUUUAAAUGGAUACAAGAUUUCAGUUCAUUCGGAAGUACACUUACCAUGAAAGCCGGGAACAACGGUCUGUUGUAUGUUACUGUAGCAGCUAAAGCUCUGAUACUAGCAGUUGAUGUUUCCAGGGGAAGCAUUUUGUGGCAGAAAAGCUUUGGACCGCUAAGUAUGGGAGAUUAUGCCCCUGCUGUUGAUUCUAAUGGUUGGAUAUCUAUUGGUUCAUUGGACGGAUACCUCUAUUCGUUUUCACCAAAAGGAGUUCUCAAAAAGUUCCCUAAAGUGCUUAACAUGGAUUCUGUUAUCCAAGUCAGUCCUGUUCUUGGUUGUUCAGGAUAUGCAAUCUAUGUUUCUCAGACACAGAUUGAAGGAAAGAUUACUCGGAUAAUUGGAGAUUACACUUACAUCUCCGCGAUGAAAUCAAAGGGUGUUAUCUUCACACUGAUUAAUCCAGCUACUGGGAUCAUCUUUUGGUCUGAACAAUAUCCUGGCCUAUUCUCCUCAGAAUUUUUGAGAAGUGACCUGCAACAUUUUCUCCUGGAUGAAAGUGUCCUCCUCGCCUUUUUUGCAGCUUCAAGUACUGGGAACCGGCUGCCAUGCCGAAGCUCACGUAAAAUUCUGUCAGAAGUUUGCAUUAAGCUGCUCACAGAUUACGCCCGAAAAUUUCAGCACCUACACAGAUUCCCUUCGUUUUCUUCAGGGAACAAGAAGACAAUUUUGCUGUUUCUGAUCUUUGAAUCUAUCAUAUUGCUAGUACUAGCAAUAAUAGUAAAAUUUUGCUGCAUGUUUUGGAAGAAAAAGAAGCUUCAAAAUCAACAUCUUGGGAAAUUCUUAGAUAAAAGACGAUCACUUCGACUUCAGAAGAAAGUUUUUGAUAGAUCAAUCACAGAGCUUCAACAAAAGGCUGCUGAGGAUGCAAUAGCUAAUGAGGUGCUGGAAAAGUUGGGCAAUCUAGUUAAACAAAGGGAAAACAUUGAGAGGAAGCUCUCAACAUCAUACAGUUUGGGAAGGGAUGAAAUUGGUCCUCGUUCACCAUCUCUCCUUCCCUUGUCCGAUCGUAAAACAAGGAGUUUCUCAUUUCAAGGAGCAAAGAAAGAGAGUGUUACUUUGUUUCACACAGUCAGUGAUACUUCUUCUGAAACUAGCUGGAGCGAAAGGGACUCUGACACGAACAUAUCGGAGGAUGAAGAGGAAACAGACAAGGGAAAGUCACCUAUUGAAAUAUUCAGUAGCAGUGAUGAUGAGAUUUACCAAGAAGAAUAUCAGUCUAGUACUCCAUCUUUCUUUGCUUCCACUUCGCGACAGGUUACUGAAAUAGAAGAAAUGAAGUCAGGAGAUCAAAAGGACUCCGUUGAUCAUCCCUUACAGAACCGCAGCACAAGCAUAAGGAAGAGGAAUUCAUAUUCAAGUAGCUAG